AUGGCCCAACUUCUUAUCAUUUCAUUGAAAAAUGUCAACGGGCUUUUACAACUCCAACUCGGCCAUUCCACGUCAUCCGUGAAGCUUAGCCUCUACGAUUGCGCUUUCCUCAACGAUGAUGCCAAUGGUCGGUCGUGUUUGAGUCUCGCAAAGUGA